AUGGAGCCCCAGACCUUGAAGAAGGAAGAAUUAGAGCUCGUAGUUUCUAACGCCACCGCCAAAGAGUCGGGCACUGUGCCGGGAGAAUCUGUCAGAGUCGACCCGUCCAUCGAGAGAUCCGUGCUUCGAAAGUUGGACUUCAAACUUCUUCCCGUCCUUUCGUUAAUGUACUUCUUCAACUCCCUCGAUCGGAGUAAUCUGGGGAACGCGAAGACUGAUGGCAUUGACGAAGACCUCAAGCUGGUUGGCAACCAAUACAGUAUUAUCCUUGCCAUUUUCAAUGUUACCUUCUCCCUGUUUGAUCUGCCCUCCAAUCUGCUGCUGAAGAGGUUCAGCGGUAAAACCAUGCUUCCUAUAAUGAUGCUCGGCUGGGGCAGUGUUACACUUCUUCAAUGCGCAGCGUUCAACUUUGCUGGCAUACUCGUGUGUCGACUCUUCAUGGGCAUUUUCGAAGCGGGCUUCUUCGCUGGGGUGAUCUUCUACCUCACACAGUUUUACAAAAGAAACGAAAUCGCCUUCCGACUCUCGAUAUUUUACGGCAUGGUUACGAUUGCAGGUGCAUUCUCCGGCCUCGUUGCCUUUGGUGUCUUCCAGAUCGAACAACACCUCCCCGGCUGGAAGUACCUGUUCCUGAUCGAAGGGGGUGCAACCAUGAUCAUCGCCACAUUCGCUGCCUGGUGGCUCCCCCUCAGCGGCUCCAAGUGCCACUGGUUCAACGAAGCCGAAUCCCAGGUGGCACAGAUGCGCCUGCUGCAAGACGGGUCCGUCCGAACGACAGAUCAGCUGUCCAUUACUGAAGCCCUGGCUGCCCUGUUAGACUGGCGGGUCCUCCAAUUUCCUCCCGCAGAUGGUGGCUCUCCAAGCUACUCCGCCGUGAAAACCAAUUUAUAUACGGUGGCUCCGUACUGCGUCGGGACCGUUGUUCUGUGGGUCAUUGCCAAGUCCUCGGAUCAUUUUCGAGAGCGUUCUUUCCACCUGGCGGCCGCACUGGUCAUCACGCUGGCUGGAUAUAUCAUUCUCGCUACUGUUGAUGCAGAUACCAAUAAAGGGGUUGCCUAUUUCGCGUGCUUCCUUCUUGCGGCCGGUGCUUUCGUGCCAAGUAGUAUCUUCCAUAGCUGGCAUACCAACAAUGUCACCGAUGAGAGCCAGCGAGCAGCGACGGUGGGGUUCUUGGUGGGCUCCGCGAAUUGUGCGGGCAUUCCGUCAAGUCUUUCAUUUAAGCCGGAUACCGCACCGAGGUACAUGCCUGCGUUAAUUGUGAAUUGUGUCUUUCUCUUGGUGGGUGCGUGUGUGGUGAUAGGGCUAGGGACAUGGUUCCGGCUGGAUAAUCGAAGAAGAGACAAGGAACAGGGUGUACGAUUGACAGCCGGUGAUGUUGCGACCCAGACUCUGGUAGGAGGAUGGAAAGACCCCAAUUGGAGGUGGACCCCUUGA